GAGGCUAGAGCGAAGUCAUGGAUUCUGUAGUCCUCCAGCUGUGGGCUGUCCUCUGUCUCUUGGUUCACCUUGCCGCUUGCAGUCCCAUCCUGAGCUUGGAGCACUCUUCCUUGGAGGAAGACGUGCCUCUUUUCGACGAGAUUCUCUCCGAGCAGGAUGGUGUUGAUUUCAACACGCUGCUUCAGAAUAUGAAAAACGAGUUUUUGAAGACGUUGAACCUCUCUGACAUCCCCCUGCACGAAACGGCCAAGGUGGAUCCGCCAGAGUACAUGCUCGAGCUGUACAACAGGUUUGCCACUGAUAGGACAUCUAUGCCAUCCGCAAAUAUUAUUAGGAGCUUCAAAAAUGAAGACUUGGCUUCCCACCCUAUUGGUGUCACAGGAAUUCGGAAAUACCCUCUUCUGUUCAAUGUUUCCAUCCCUCACCAUGAAGAAAUCACCAUGGCAGAGCUGAGGCUCUACACCUUGGUGGAGCGGGACCAAAUGCUCUACGAUGGGCUUGACCGGAAGGUCACUAUUUUUGAAGUGCUGGAAAAUGACCAUAUGGGGGUAGGAGAAGAGAGAAAGACAAUGGCACUGGCAUCCAGGCAGAUCUACGGCACGAGCAGCGAGUGGGAGAGCUUCGAGGUCACCGAAGCCAUCAGGCGUUGGCGAAGGGCAGGGCUGACCACGCACCGGCUGGAAGUUCAUAUAGAGAGCAGGGAAGGGGAGGAGCAGAAUGGAGAGGGGAAACUCGAUAUUGACAUCAACUCUGAGGCUAAGCACGUGCCCCUGUUGAUUGUGUUCUCUGAUGACCAAAGCAAUGACAAAAAAGAGGAGAAGCAAGAGCUGAACGAAAUGAUAGACCAUGAGCAGCUCCUGGACUUGGAGCAGCUGGAGGUCGGCAAUUUCCACGGCCAGCCCGGUGAGGAGGCGCUGCUCCAGAUGCGCUCCAACAUCAUUUACGACUCUACUGCCCGAAUCCGGAGGAAUGCAAAAGGCAACUACUGCAAAAAGACUCCACUCUACAUAGAUUUCAAGGAGAUUGGCUGGGAUUCCUGGAUCAUCGCCCCGGCGGGAUAUGAAGCUUAUGAGUGUCACGGAGUGUGCGCCUACCCCUUAACAGAGCAUGUCACACCAACGAAACACGCCAUUGUCCAGACUUUGGUUCACCUGAAGAAUCCCCAGAAAGCCUCCAAGGCCUGCUGUGUGCCCACCAAACUCGAUCCCAUCUCUAUUCUCUACUUAGAUGCAGGGGUGGUCACCUACAAGUUCAAAUACGAAGGCAUGGUGGUAUCAGAGUGCGGCUGCAGAUAGUAGCAGGGAAUGCAUGCACAGGGGCGUGCACAGGGGAGGUAUUUAAUGAUUCAGUCUGUAAAUUUGUACAUUUGGGAUUUCCUAUUUAAUAAGGUUAUUUAAUGAGGCAUGUACAGAUAAUUGUAUGUUUCCUGUUACGGGGAAUGGGCAAGUCGUACGACUGUAGGGAA